UAAUGGUGAGCGUCAUUCAUAUUUGUCCAGUGACCAGUGCGGCCGGCCACCAUGGAUGUACAGCCUGGACAUUGCUGGUGUUGUGAGAAACCUCACCCCCAGACGACUGUGCCUUGCGACGGAUGCCCUGUUGCUGUCUACUGUACCACAUCAUGCCGGGACAGAGACAAAGUCAGACACAGCACUCUCGAGUGUGAGAUAUUUCAGGCAAACAAGUGCAGUGCUUGCGGUAAACGUGGCAAAACAUUUGAGUGUUCAGGAUGCAACGAUGCAUGGUAUUGUGAUACAGACUGCCAACGGCAUGGCUGGCCAUUUCACAAAGCAAAGUGUAAGGAAAUUAUGGCUUAUGUCAAACAAGUGUCACUGGAAUUACUGCACAGACCCACACAUUUUGAUUUCCCCUUCUAUAUUGGAAGCACCAUGGCUAAAGACUUCCUUCAACUUGAAAUUAACGAAUUGUCCACCGAUAGAGUGGACAAGGAAAGGCUGACUAGGGGAUAUCAUGUCCUCUCUGCUGGUUGUGGAAAUCUGUGUAACACAGUGUUGACAGCUGGUUCCUUGCCUGGCAGGUACCUGGGAAAACUUCACAUCACCCUCAAUGACAACGACCCUUUUGUCAUGGCAAGGAAUGUGCUGUUUCUCUUCAUGUUGGUCCGCUUCGCAGACACUGACAACAUUGCUUCCAGUCUGACAACCAUCUGGUACUCACUCCAUAUUUCUAAGAGAGAGUACGACUUGAUCAAGACAAGCUUGGAUGAACUCAUUCAGAUGAGUGCUCAGCAACUCCAUGAUGCCACCCAAGGACUGGUGAGGCUCCUGGAUGAGGACCUCAGUUAUCUGAAACCCGUUUGGGAAAAGUGGCGAGCGUUGGAAUGUCAACGAGACAAGAAAACCUCAAUCAAACUAAGACAACAAAGACAGAUUCUGUUUGAUGAAUGGCCCGAUACUAUGAUGAACCACACUAUCUAUCUAGAACAUAUCUACGAAAAAGAUAGAAAAAUGAUCGAAGAGUGGUUUGGACACGGGCUUUUUUGUCCCUAUGAGGCUAACGAGAAGGACAUGUCAUUUGACAACCCAACACUAACUGCCCCAAAGGCAAGUGAGGCUCAUGCAGGUGAAGAUGCACGCUUAUUUUCUCUCCAAAACAAUGCUCAAGCAGAAUCACAAGAAGAUGCCACAUUUGUGUAUUGCAUUUCUCCAGCUUCUACUCCCUUUGAAGAAUGGGACUGUUUGAAGGUAAGAGAGAACACUCCUGGAUCUCACUCCUCUCCGAUGGUGAUGUACCACAAGUACGUGACAAACCUCCUCCAGAAAGUCAAGAGUCUCAUCCUUCAUGGAAGGCUCCUUAUCUAUGUCUCCUUGGCAAAUUCUCUGGACUUCCCAAAUCAUCAUCAAACCUUGAGCAUGCCCAACUACGACCGAAUCUUCACCUCCAACCUUGCUGACUAUGUUGGAUUCGCUAAACUCCUACAUACAUUCAAGCCACUGCUUAAUGCCAGCAACAGCUACUCAGCUAUUGUCACUGAGACUUUGAGCUGGUACGAGAAAGUACCUGGAGCUAAACCUGACAUUGAUGACCUUUCAGACAUCCAGCUUGAAAAAAUCCGUCACUGUUUUGCUAGCACGACAGGAAUACCAGAAAUACAACCUACCUGCUUCUCAGACUACUUCAACAACACCUCUCACUUUCUCCAAUAUCUCCGAGCAGAUAUCAUGGCAGGGGGGCUAGGCAUACCAUCACUCAAGGAAGUACCAUCAUUUAAGAGCGUCAAGAACUAUCACGGCAUGGAAAUGCGUGACUUCAGGAAGGGACUGAACAAGCUUGUACCAUUCCAGUACCUAGUAACUAAACGAGACCUUAAUGUGAAAAGUGCACGUGACAGAGCUGUAGAGUGGUGCCUGCCCAAACGUUAGACAAAAUACUAUAUCGGUACAAACGAUGUGAUACCUUUCAGCAACUACAUAUUAUGCUGUCCAUACAGUGUAUGACA